UUGCAACAUCACAGAAAGUGGUUGGCGACAAGGGUAUUCAGAUAACACACCAGAUUGGCACAGAUGCUGUCUUGACGUGUACAGUUAAAGAUCUAGGAAACAGGAGGAUAAUAUGGAACAAGUUGUCGGAUCCGUACCCCAUCUCUGUGGGCAGUACAAAGUUCAACCCUGCCAGCAAGUACAAGGUGGCCCUCAAAGAGAACUCGUCUGUCCUGACCAUCAAGCGAGUAAAACUCGAGGACGCUGGCGAGUAUCAGUGUCGCGUGAGUGGCAUGGAGCGUCUCAUGGAGACCCUUACACUGAACAUCCAAGCAGCAGAUAAAGACAACAGCUACCUGCUGCCGUCAGAGACAGAAGUCAAAGCAGAAGUUGGAUCAACUGUACUGUUGCCUUGUCGGGUAGAGAAUUUGAAAAACAAUGUGGUUCUGUGGAUGGACGUGCAGAAUAAUGUGCUGAGUUUAAGACAGAAGGUUCUCAACGAAGACCGCAGACUGAGCGUGUCACAUCCCACUCGGGCCGAGUGGAGCCUGCAGAUUAAGAAUGUCCGCGUGUCUGACUUUGGUCUGUAUACGUGUGUCAUUAAUUCAGUUCCUGUUCUCACACGCACUGUCCGACUCAUCAAUUCAGCCCCUGCAGAGUUAGCUCCUAUCCUGAUACAGGACAGCACCUUCCAGAAGCGACUAGAGGUGCCAAGUGGGGAAACUGUGACACUGACUUGUAACUUCAAGGCCAACCCUCCAGCAAAAGUCACCUGGUAUCGCCGACGGACCGUGAAUGAUAAAAUAGUCAAGGAAGAUUUAGGACCAGGAAACACAUACACACUCCGCUCAGUGUCCCCUGAACAGACUGGGCAAUAUGUCUGUGUGGCAGAGAAUGGUGUCAAACCUGCAGGCCGUGGCAAAACACAGUUAACAAUACUUGCACCACCAACGCCUGCUCCUGCCCUCGAACCAACCACAUUUGUAGCGGUCAAUCCAAUUGCUCCAGUUCUCUACCGUAAUCAGACAAGAACAGGUCAAAGGAGAGGUCACAAUGUGGAGAUACAUUGUUCAGCAAUUGGCAACCCACGACCAAGUAUUCAUUGGACAAGGCACCAUAAGAGACUUGAGAAUGGCUAUAAGUACAAGGUGUCGGAGCAUCACUACCGGCAUGACACCACCCACUCGACCUUGCUGGUGAGGUCUCUGACCUCUGGGGACUUUGGAGAGUACAUUUGUGUGGGUUACAAUACUCUUGGGUUGCAUACUAUCCCUCUGGAAAUUUAUGCUUUAAACUAA